CUGGGUGUUCGGAUUUAUAUGUCACUUAGUAUAUUUCAGCCUCAUCAAGUAUAGGGUUUCCAUCCUCUUUGGUCUUCAAUGGUUUCAGCGAUAAGCGAAUUGAUGGUAUUUUCUAACAUAUCCUAAUAAAUGUCUAUUCAAAUUUCCAUUAAUAAACAAUGGCUCAAUCACUUUGUUUCCUAAAAUGCCUGCCCAUACAUUAAUUUUUUUGGGGGUAUUGGGUAUGCCUUUCUAAAAAACCAUAAGGAUUUUCAUUGCUUCAAUACCUGCAUUAUGCUUAUAACAAAUCGGGUCGUUAUUUGGUUGUUGCCACGUAUAGUCUUCCGAAUUGUUGUAUAGUUGGUAGUUUAAGUUUUUAAUUAUAAACGAAUUGUAGAUUUGGCAAACCCUAACGGGCAACAUUUUGAACACUUAUUGUAAUAAAAGUGAUAUUUUCGUGUGUUAUUGUUUUCUAUAUGAACAAAUUAAGGGAAUAUGAACAUAUUCUGUGAAACCAAGAAUCUCAUCUAUUUUUAAUACCUUUACCUCAAGCAGAAAUAAUGCCAGGUAGUACGAAAGUUGUCCUCGAUUAUUUAAAACAAAUAAACUCGAUACUUGUUCUCAAAACAUAUUAAUUAUACGAGGGCCACGCUAUAUGUUUUGAGAUAGACGAAAACUGAAAACUAUGUUUCGAAAACUAGUUUAUUUAUGUCCAAAGUAUUCUCCUCCAGCAUCAAUGCACUUUUGUGGCCUGACCUUCCACAAAUGAAAUGCUUCUAACCAGUCAGUUUUUGGAAUACCUUCAACAAACUGAUUAAUUGCUUGAUCGAUUUCUUCUUCGGACGAAAAUUUUCGACCACGCAAUUUUUUUCAAAUUCUUGAAGAGCCAGAAGUCACACAUUGCCGAAUAAGGCGGAUGUUUUAGCAUUUUGAUGUGGCGCUGGCGUAGAAAGUCUACAGUUAGUUGGCCAGUGUGGCUAGAGGCAUUGCCGUGAUGCUGAAUGAAGAUGAUCAUGCCAAAUGGAGUGCACUGUUGCGGAUCCUACCCCAAGAGUUGCCUCUAUAGUCGCACAUGUGCAACGAGAAUAUUCUUCACUUAGCCGCUGAACUUCUGGAGUCGCGCUACAUAGCCAACCACUACGUUCUCCAUCAGCCAAUGAAACAUGCUUUCUUUUAAAUUCGGCAUACCAGCGAAACACACUUGCCCGGGACCGAGCUUCAUUAGCAAAUGCCUGUCGUAAGCGUUCGAUACAUUGAUGUUCAGUUAAACCGACUUUAAAGUCAUAGUAAAUCAUAGCGCGAUAACUCUCGAGACAACUCCAUGUUUCGUCCUAAAUUUGUUUACACCACGUGCACUGUAGGACGAUUGCAAAUGAACUGAAUGCGGCGACUUACUAAUAAAGGACCGCUCUUUCUAAUAGUGCACUCGUGCGGGUUUUAACUAGUUUAGUUAAUGCGCAUCUCAAAAUGUACAGCGUGCCCCUCGUAUUAAGUGACCAUUUGUAAAGGUUUCCAUAUUCGAUCAAUAGUCACGAGCCAGAAAUAAUAUUUUAAUUAAAUCCCCUAUCCACGUUAGGUUGGUGUAAACUCCUUAACACGAUUAGCUGUCAUUGUGACAUAAUUAUAUGUUCCAUUAACAAAUUACUUUAGAUGGCUUAACCUAUCAUUUAUUUACCACUGCUGGAUUUUGUCCUUUUCUUUGUUAUUAUUACUUAAUUGCCCUAUAAAUAGGAUCAUUGCUGGACAAUAAACCUACUAUUAUUUUUAUUAAGAGCACAAGAUGACAUUUUAAUGAUUUUUUUCUCAUAUAGAUUUUCUACGUAAUAACCCUGCCGAUCUUGAACGAAGAGUUUUUCCUUGUUGCUACAGACAUUCAUAGGUAAAGACCGACCGAUUAAUCGGCUCCGGCCACAUUCGGCCAUUAUUUAAGUUUAAGCCUUCGGCUAAAAGUCGGCUUCGGCCAAAAUGAGGCCGAAGUUUUAGCCGAAGGCGAAAGUGAAUUCGUCGACCGUCGGCGCGUAGCGAAUCUGAACGAGCUACGGUAAUUCCCCUCCACCCCCGCGAUGUGCUCGGCGACGGCAAUGAUCCAUGUACGUUCGGGAAAUACUCACAGUAUUUGGUUGGUACUUGUUAACGUAAGAGAAUUCGGCGCCUAAUCUUGUCGCUCUUCGCUAAUUGUAAUUAAGUAGAAUAGAUAACUAAUGUCAAUCAUCAAUUAAUUGUGUUUAUAGUAGUUCGUGUGGUAAGUUGGCAACGUCUUAUAUCUAUUUUUAUUUUACUAAACCGAAAGAUUUUAGAAAAUGUCUACAAAAAAUCCAAUCUGACUCCGCAUGACGCUACGGGAAUAAGAUCCAGGACAAACCACUCAAACCAGCCUACUUUACAAGAAAUAAUAGAACGCAAGUCGCCUGCAUUAUGGGCCGAUGAUCACCCGGUAUCGUCCCGUAUUGACAAAUCGAUUAUGGACCUCAUUAUUGUUGAUAUGUUACCAUAUUCUAUUGUUGAAGGAGAAGCUUUUCAGCGACUGCAUUUUGAAGGUCCAAACUUUGGUCAAAUAGAAGCAAGCACGGGAUUGCCCAAAAGUACUGCCCACCGGAUUUUGCGAAAGAACGAGCUCCACCCGUACUACGUACAGCGAGUGCAAUCCGUACAAUCCAGGAAUUAUCUGCCAACAGUUGAGUUUUGUCAAUGUUACAGAGACACCGGGAAGAUCCGCGAAACGAGUGUCCCCUGGAAAAAGGGGUCAUAUACUGAAGAAGGUCACUGAACUUGACGAAAUCAAACAAGAGGAGGCAGACCUUGAUGAUAGUAGCGUGAAGAUGGAACCUGAUAGUGAGUUUGAUAGUUCAUUCACUGGAGAUAGUCAACAAACUGGGGAGAGUUCUUUGGAUGAGCAGAAAGAUGAGACACCGGGAAGAUCCGCGAAACAAGUGUCCCCUGGAAAAAGGGGUCAUAUACUGAAGAAGGUCACUGAACUUGACGAAAUCAAACAAGAGGAGGUAGACCUUGAUGAUAGUAGCGUGAAGAUGGAACCUGAUAGUGAGUUUGAUAGUUCAUUCACUGGAGAUAGUCAACAAACUGGGGAGAGUUCUUUGGAUGAGCAGAAAGAUGAUAGUGUCAGCGACGAUCCUUUGACAGCGUUAGCACCCGCUGCUUUGGACCAUUCAAAAGAGUACAAGAAGACUGAGCCGACCGACUCGGAACAGCCAGCGAAGGACACCUGGUAUACAGUUGGGUUUGUCAAGGGCAACAGUUUUGACGUCAAUAAUUAUUUCUUGUUAGAAGGCGACAUUGCCGAUUUGACAAUUAACAACUUACCAGACCUUUCACACUAUCCCAAAAUGAAUUUGGAACCGGGUACGACAUACAAGUUCCGAGUGGUAGCCAUCAAUUCUGUGGGCAGAGGCGAAUGGAGUGAGGUUUCUGCAUUCAGAACUGGUCUGCCUGGAUUCCCCGGUGCCCCAUCAGCAAUCAAAAUAGAAAAAUCAGCAGAUGGUGCACAUCUGUCAUGGGAACCUGCAAGCACCAACCAGGGUGAAAUUCUUGAAUAUUCUGUUUUUCUAGCAGUCAGAGGAAAGGACAAAACGAAUCCUCCUGGGCAGUUCGCGUUUGAAAGAGUUUACUGUGGUCCGAACAAUAUGUGUGUUGUAAAUUUUACGUCUCUUGCCGCAGCUCACUUGGACACAUCGACGAAAGCGGCGAUUAUUUUCAGAAUUGCAGCUAAGAAUGACAAGGGAUAUGGGCUUGCUACUCAAGUUAGGUGGCUGCAAGAUCUACAAGCGACAAAUAAGCCUACGAAACGCGUACCCGACGGUGUACAUCAAGUUAAAAAAAUUAAAUAUGAGGAAGAUAUGUAAACGGAUGUGUUGAUGCUCUAUGUAAAGUAGUAUUACGUGAAAAAGGACUUUAAUUUUAUAAUUUAAAGAUGGGUAUCAAUUCGUACCCAAAGUGUAGUAUUUUAUUCGUAUAUUUUUUUUACAAGACGAAUUUGUUAGAUU